AUGCCUGCGUACAUCAGCAUGAGUUGUCGUGCAAACAGCAGAAGGCAGAGUUUACAGGAACUCCAGGCCCAGAGCGCGGCGCACACUCCAGCCGAGAUUUGUGCGCCCGCCCCGGGGCUAGUGUCACCAAACAACCCUGUUGACCCGCAUGGUGAAGUGGCUUCGGAGGGGUUUGAGGACGACCAAAAGGAUGUUCUUUCUGAACAGGAUGUGGUGACGGAGGUCACUCCAGUACGAGUAAGGGAGGUGGCGAACCCUCCGGGAACCCUCCCUCGUUUUGAGCCUUUCUCUCCAGAUGCGGGGGUGAGUGGUGUGUCUCCGCCUGGGACCGGACAAGGCCAAGCCAGUUCCACCGCCAAGAUUAAGCUUCGCCUGGCUCGUCUUCAGCUUGAGACAGAGGAGAAGGUGCGUAAGGCAGACUACGAGCUCAAGUUGCAGGAAGGGAGCAGAGCCAACAAAGUGGGAUACCUUAUGGACGAGGGACUACUCAUGCGCCGCUGGAGCAGCGAUGUCACCGGCACGGGAGAUGAAAAAGUUCUGUAUCAACUUGUGGCGCCCAAAGUCUAUCGUGCCCAGGUACUGUCCUUAGCCCAUGACAAUCCGUGGGGUGAGUACGCAGUCAGAGGAGGGCCUGCUCAUGAAAAGCGCUACACCCCAGGGGGCUAG